AAAUGCACACCCAGCCACAGAGCUAGUCAGAGCAGGAACAGCGAGGAGCCGGAGCGAGGCCGGGAGUCUGGCGACAGGCAGUGGGGAGUGGAAAUUUACAGCUGCUUGUGAGCGCCUGUGCAUGUUCAAGAGAUCCUUUCUGCUAACGCUUUUCCAGAGGCCGACGGUCACUCGGCAGAAGAAGAGCGGGAGGCCGAGUCGUGGGAUCCCUUGCCUCUGCCACGUGUCGAUAAUCGGCAAGGGGGGAAUAAAGCGGAAUUAAAUGGAAGAUAACUGAAGGCGGCUGCUGGCGGCGUGGGCUGCAGGGAGGCGGCAGAGCUGUCUUCAGCACCUGGCCAUGGGGCUGCGCAGGGCUGCCUAGGAGCCCCCCACCUUUCCGCACGCAGCAGUCCUCUUCUAUCCUGAAGGAAGAAAUCCAGGUGAAGAAAAACCAUGCCUUUGUUUAGUAAAUCGCACAAAAAUCCUGCUGAGAUUGUGAAAAUUCUGAAAGAAAACAUGGCCAUAUUGGAAAAACAAGAAAAAAAGACAGACAAGGCAUCGGAGGAAGUGUCAAAAUCUCUGCAAGCAAUGAAGGAAAUUCUGUGUGGGACCACAGACAAAGAGCCACCUACAGAAAUUGUGGCUCAGCUGGCACAAGAGCUAUAUAACAGUGGCCUUCUAGUGACACUUAUUGCCAACCUGCAGCUGAUAGAUUUUGAGGGCAAAAAGGACGUUUCCCAGAUAUUUAACAACAUCUUGAGAAGACAAAUUGGCACACGCAGCCCUACUGUGGAAUACAUUAGUGCUCAUCCACAUAUCCUAUUCAUGCUUCUAAAAGGAUAUGAAUCCCCAAAUAUUGCCUUACGCUGUGGAAUUAUGCUGAGAGAGUGUAUCCGGCAUGAACCCUUGGCCAAAAUCAUACUUUUUUCGGAACAGUUCAGAGACUUUUUUAAAUAUGUGGAAAUGUCAACAUUUGAUAUAGCUUCUGAUGCCUUUGCUACAUUCAAGGACCUGUUAACACGACAUAAAUUGUUGGUAGCAGAAUUUCUGGAACAAAAUUAUGAUGCGAUCUUUGAGGAUUAUGAAAAACUCCUUCAUUCUGAGAAUUAUGUAACAAAGAGACAGUCUUUGAAGCUGCUGGGUGAAUUGAUUCUGGACCGACACAACUUUGCCAUCAUGACAAAAUACAUCAGCAAACCAGAAAAUCUGAAGCUGAUGAUGAACUUGCUGCGAGAUAAAAGCCCCAACAUUCAGUUUGAAGCAUUCCACGUGUUCAAGGUUUUUGUGGCCAGUCCAAACAAAACACAGCCUAUUGUGGAGAUCCUGUUGAAAAACCAACCUAAGCUAAUUGAGUUUCUGAGCAAUUUCCAGAAGGAGAGGACGGAUGAUGAACAAUUCACUGAUGAGAAGAACUACCUAAUUAAGCAAAUCCGAGACUUGAAAAAGCCAACGGCAUGAAGAACUCCUCUCGUUUUCCACUGUAGGCAUUAAUCUCAUUUGUUAAGUUCCUCUGUGUCCCUUAAACACCACAAUAGUGCUUGAGAAGGCACAGCAAGUGCCUGGUUUUUAUUUUGUCUUUGUUCCUAGAUGUCAAGAGUAUAGGGGUUUUACAUGAAAACUAAAAAAACAAAAAUCUAGAAUAAUAUAUUAUUUUUAAUCAAGACUAUAAUUAUUUAUGUCAGUUUAGAAUCUCUCUGUAAUAGAAGCUGCUUUGAUGGAUUUUCAUUUGUGCUCAAGAAGAAUGAACCUCUUUGCUUAACUUUAUCAGCAAACUCAAGCUGUUGGUGAGUGCACAGAGUAGGUCUUCUGAGGACCGUAACGUUGUUCCUUUGCACCUGUAAUUGUGACUUUGUUCUAGUGCUGCACACACACAAGACUGUGAAAGAGUACGUUCGUCUCUGGAGUUAGCUGCACUUACAGAUCAGGUUCUUUAGUCAAAACAGCGGGAGAUGAAAAAGCAGUAAAGGUCACGUUUUUGCUCUAUUUUUGUGUUCUUUCAUCUUUAAGUUUUCUUUUCCCCUAGAUCAGAGGUUUUCUAUUCAGUGCUAGGGAAUGGAUGAAGACAUCAGCCAGAUGAGCUGUUUCUGCCUGCCUCCCAUUUUCCUGUACGUGGUCUACCCUGUGCUAGAGCACAGGCUAUUCCCACCAGCUCCCAAGCAGGCUGAUGAGGAGCAGCCCCAGGUACAUGGCGCCCAUGGACCCCCCAAUGGGAAGAAGGCAAGAGCAACCCCCUCCGUCAAGGCCCAUGCGGUAUUGCUAAUAAAGUGAUCCUGCACCUACAAAAAUCAGCAAGAAGCCUGUCCCCAGUUUCAGUGGAAAUAAUAUUGGGUGGUGGCCAGAGCUACGUGGCUGAAUCGUGCCAAGCGCUGAGCCCCAGCACCAGUGCGAGAGGAGGGUGCUCAGCGUCUUCCCAUCCGGAUUCAAAUCCCGGUUGUGUGAGGCAGGGUUGAGCCGAGUUCAGCAA